AGCAGUUGCAUGCAGCAUGUGCGCGACUUGUGAAUUUGCAUGCGGAUAUUUUAGUAAUUUGGUUUUCGAAAGUGACAAAGUUUGCUCACCUCUCUAGGUCGACUUAUAUUUGUUGUCGCCAAUUGUAAUACCUGCCCGUGAUGGCGGACGUGGAGGCACAGCCGCUAGAGAGCGGUGCCAUCAAUCUCGACAAGGAUCCCGCAGCGGGCGCUUCCAAAGGCAGCGAACUGGAGGCAGUAGAGGUUAGGCCUGCCAAUACCAAUAAUGGGAACUCACAAUCAAGUGAUUCUGGUGUUGGCCCAGAACCUGCCGGUGAUGUCCCGCCGCCAUACGAGAAAGCUCAGCGUCUAAACUCCUAUGAUCAGGCGCUGAAGAAAGACACCGCGUCGGGUGAUGAAAUUGAUGGUGUUGUCCUCCCGGUGGUGCCUGCACCUAAGGCAACAGAUGAUGCGCCAGAAGAUGGUGACAAGAAGACCGAGUCAGAAGAGAAAGUGUCAGUCGUUCGCCUGUUUCAAUACGCCUCCAGAUGGGAAGUGUUUCUCAUCUUCUUCGGCAGCCUCAUGGCGUGUGCCCACGGCGUUGGCCUUCCGUCAGUUAUGAUUAUCUUCGGAGACACCGUACAGUCACUUUUAACAGGCACUCAGAAUGAAACGCUCAGUGAAGAGCAGCAGCAGGUCCUCUUCAACCAGCUAGAAGAUGAAUUGACCACACAGGCGUACUACUAUUUAGCAAUCGCAGCCGGUGUCUGGCUUGCGACGUAUCUCCAGAUGCUGUGCUGGUUUACAGUCGGUGAGAGGAUGAUCACCAAAGUCCGAAGGAGGUUCUUCUACUCCAUUCUGCAUCAGGACAUAUCCUGGUUUGACACGCACAAAACUGGAGAGCUUGCUUCUCGACUAUCUGAUGAUGUUCUGAAGAUCUAUGAUGGUCUGGGGGACAAGAACAGUAUCUUCUUCCAGUGGAUGUCCACAUUCAUCACUGGGUUUGUCAUUGGAUUUGUCAACUCCUGGCGGCUGACUCUGGUCAUCCUGGCCGUAACGCCCGUGCUGGGAAUUGCAGCAGCAUUCGUCUCCAAGCUUGUUGCAUCGUUUGGUACGAAGGAGCAGGCUGCGUAUGCAAAGGCAGGAGCUGUUGCUGAGGAAGUCCUGUCAUCCAUCCGCACUGUCGUUGCCUUCGGAGGCGAACAUAAGGAAGCCGAACGAUACACAAACGAACUAGAAGAGGCGCAGAAGAUUGGACAACGAAAGGGGUUCAUCUUCGGCUUUGGGUUUGGAAUGACCUAUCUCCUGGUCUUUGGCACCUACGGUCUGGCCUUUUGGUAUGGUUCAAGACUGGUCUGGGACAAACGCAUCCUUGCUGGUGAGAUGGUGACGGCGUUCUUCUCCGUGGUCAUUGCCAGCUUUGCUAUUGGCCACGCCACGCCCGGCAUCCAGGCAUCCUCCAUAGCAAGAGGUGCGGCUGUUGCCGUAUACAACAUCAUAGACGAGGUGCCGGAAAUCAACUCGGCGUCCGAGGAAGGCGAGCGGCCGGCCAAGGUCCACGGUGAUUUCGAGUUUGAGAACAUAGAGUUUACGUACCCGUCGCGUCCCGAUGUCCAGAUUCUCAAAGGCCUGUCGUUGCACGUCAAAAGCGGCACAACUACGGCUCUCGUCGGCCCCAGUGGCUGCGGAAAGAGCACACUGAUGCAGCUCUUACAGCGCUUCUAUGAUCCAGCUGGUGGAGUGGUCAAAAUGGACGGUCGUGACAUUCGCGACUUGAAUGUGAAGUGGCUUCGCAGUCAGAUCGGCAUUGUCAGUCAGGAGCCAGUGCUUUUCCACGACACCAUCGCCGAGAACAUUGCGUUUGGCCACCUGGAGGAGGUCACCCGUGAUCAGAUCAUUCAAGCAGCCAAGAUGGCCAAUGCGCACGAUUUCAUCACGGGCUUUCCCGAUGGCUACGAGACGCAAGUAGGAGAGCGCGGAGCACAGAUGUCGGGUGGUCAGAAGCAGCGCAUUGCCAUAGCGCGUGCGUUGAUCCGCAACCCGAAGAUCCUGCUGCUGGACGAGGCCACCAGUGCUCUGGACACGGAGAGCGAGAGAGUCGUGCAGAGUGCCUUGGAUGCUGCUCGGUCUGGACGUACCACCAUUGUUAUUGCCCAUCGCUUGACAACCAUCCAGAAUGCCGACUGUAUUGUUGCAAUUGAAAAUGGCCAAGUGGCGGAGAUGGGCUCUCAUGCUGAGCUCAUGGAGAAGCAGGGAUUGUACUAUGCUCUGGUUAUGAUGCAGGAUGCGCUGGCAGAAGCCGAGAAAGGAAACGCCGAAGCAGCCAAGUUCCUCUUGAAUCGCAUGGGCUCAACCAGCAGCGCUGGACCGCGUGCUUUGGAGCUGCUCCGACAAGCCUCGAUCACCAGCCCUGGUGAUGACGAUGCAUUUGCCGAGCGCCUCAAGUCCAUUUCAGCCCCAGUCCGACAGGCAUCUACCAUAGAGAGACAGAAAUCAGUUGCUGGCAUCAGCAAGGCUCCCACAGCAAAGGAGGAGAAGGAAGAGGAGGAAGAAGAGGAGGAAGACCUACCAGAGGUGUCCAACAUGCGCUUAUUGGCCUACAACAAACCUGAGUAUCCCAUCAUGAUCAUCGGUGGCAUCUGUGCACUGGCGUUCGGCUGCGUGUUCCCGUCCUUUGGCAUUAUCUUCGCCGAAAUGUUGAACGUGUUCCGUUUCAUCGAAGAUCCAAGCCGGGAGGAUGAAUACAGAAGGGAAGCUGAUCUUUGGGCUGGCAUGUUUCCCGUACUCGGUAUUGCUGCAUUCUUCGUCCUGCUCUUCCAAUUCUACUUUUUUGCCUAUGCUGGAGAGGCGCUGACCAAGCGUAUGCGUAGCCUGGCAUUCAAGUCUAUCCUGAGAAAGAACGUUGCCUUCUUUGAUGAGAAGAAGAACAGCACUGGUGCCCUGGCAACACGUUUGUCCACCGACGCCGCUCUCAUUCAGGGUGCAACUGGUGGCAAGAUAGCUAAUCUAUUGCAGUUCGUCUCGACAAUGAUAGCUGCUCUUGUGAUCAGCUUUAUUGCCUCGUGGCAGCUGACACUGCUACUACUUGCUGUUAUUCCUCUGGUGGGCGUAGGCGCUGCUGUGCAGACCAAGGCAUUGGCUGGAUUUAGCUCUGCCAAGAAACCAGAACAAUUGGAAGCAGGCAAGCUGGCCAUUGAGUUUGUGGACAACGUGAGGACCGUUGUAGCACUGGGUCUGGAGGACCGAGCUGUGGCACGUUACAUGAAAGUCCUAGAGCCACUAGCAGCGGCUGGCAAUAGGAAGCGUCACAUCAUUGGUCUGACGGUCGGCUUUGGCGAGGCCAUGUUCUUUGUCGUUUACGCCAUCACCUUCCGCUUCGGUGGCUUUCUGAUCGCCAACGAAGGAACAUCAUUUGCAGAUGUCUUCCAGGUGUUCGGUGCUCUGGUGUUCAGCGCAUUCUCACUGGGUCAGGCUGCAUCCAUCGCACCUGAUAUCAACAAGGCCAAGAAGGCGGUCGGUCGUAUCUUCGCUCUGCUGGACGACGUUCCACCGAUUGAUUCCUACUCUGAGGAAGGGGAUAAGCCGAGUAGCGUCUCUGGUGACAUUGCCCUGAAGAACAUCAAGUUCAACUACCCGUCACGCCCCGACGUUCAAGUCCUGCAGGACGCCACCAUCACCGCCGAUCACGGGCAAACCGUGGCUCUCGUCGGCCAGUCCGGCUGUGGAAAGAGCACCAGUGUAUCACUGCUGGAGCGCUUCUAUGACCCGGUCGCAGGCUCUGUGACUGUUGAUGGGUUUGACAUUCGCACGUUCAACUUGAAGUGGCUGCGUCGGCAGAUGGGUAUAGUGCAGCAAGAACCCAUCCUGUUCGACUCUAGCAUAGCCGAUAACAUAGCCUAUGGCGACCUGGAGCGUGAAGUCGGCCUUGAAGAGAUCCAUGACUGCGCCAAGAGGGCCAACAUUCACAACUUCAUCGUUACUCUGCCCGAGGGCUAUGACACCAAUGUUGGAGCCAAGGGAACGCAGCUGUCAGGCGGACAGAAACAGAGAGUGGCCAUUGCCCGCGCCCUAGUGCGCAAUCCAAAGAUCCUGCUGCUGGACGAGGCGACCAGCGCCCUGGACACGGAGAGUGAAAAGGUGGUGCAAGACGCCCUGGACGUAGCCCGUCAAGGCCGCACCAGCAUUGUCAUUGCCCACCGCCUGUCCACCAUUCACAACUCUGACAAGAUCGUGGUGCUCGGUGGUGGAGGUGUUCUGGAGCAGGGCACACACUCUGAGCUCAUGGCCAAGGAAGGUGCCUACUACAAGCUGAACAAUGCACAGGAGGAGAACAAGGGAGCAACCCUCGCUUAGGGCAUCAGGCACUCCAGCGUGCUAGUGCCACAGUUUUUGAUGGCGACUCAGGCAAUCCAACACCGCCACCAGCCGUAGAUGCCUCUCUAAUGCAUUAUUUCCUGAGCAAGAACAUGUUCUGUUAGGAGUUGAGCACCUUCUUUCCGUUUUGACUACUCAUACUUAGGUUUGCACUGGUUACCAUGGAGACAGGUCUGGGUACCAUGGAGUCAAUGGUUACCAUGGAGAUAACUCACUUGCAUGUUAGGCACUUCCGAAUUGCAGCAGUCGGUAUCUACAUGUAUCUCUCGCGGCACUGUUGUCAAGCGAUGCGCUCAGGUUCUGUGCACACUGUUUAUUGCCACUUGGUGGAUACUCAUGCCGGGCCAUGGUUUGUUUAGUCCACGUAGAGGUACAGUAGGUGGCACGGUUUCUAUGGAUGCCAAGCAGUCAGCGGCAUUCCAGUGUUCCAAUUGCAUCUCUAGUUCUUCAGUUAGAUCCUGCUCGCACAAUGCGCACAGUAAAUACUGUACUGUAUUCCACUCAGAUCAACUGUAUUCCCGGACUCAGAUCUAUCAGUCCAUUGGACUGUUCACACCCACUCAGUCCAGCGGACCACUUGAGAGAGUAUUUCUAUUAGAACUUCAAUUAGAAUUCCUCUUUGGUGUUAUCGCAAUGCUUGUCUUUGGCCUGCCAGUGUGUUUCCGGUUUUCUAGCGCCCUUCAGUACGGCUCAGCUUUGUUUCCGGCAGAACUAGAAGUAGUACUGCGCACAGCCACUGCCUGUAACUCAUGUAUGAUUGCUUUGCUUUCUGUAGGUUGUGCACUGUAUUGUUGUGCACUGUAAGUUGUUGUUGAUCAUGGCUUCCACUCAAUAGCAUGCAUAUUAAUAGAAUGAUUAUAUCAUCUGCCAGCUGCAUGUGGCUAGGGCUGUAUUUGAUAUUCUGUAUGUUAUGACUGCAUUGCAGUGUGUUCUUCUAUGGGCCGUAUGGUGUUACAUGUAUUAUUUCCCACCAGUUAGUGUGUACUUGAACACAGUGAGCAAAUAAAUAGUCAGUAGCUGCCUUCUUCUAAA